GGUGUGAAAUUGUAUUGGAUAAACCUCCGACUUCUCUUUCUAUCAUUUCAAGCUGAAAAUCACACAGAUUUUGCUCUGUUUGAGUAAGAUCUUCCACUCCUAACUUCACAUACACGUUAUCGAUCCUAUAAAAACCUAGCUAUAUUUAUCAUCGUCAUCAUUAUAUAUACAUAGAGUGUGAGAUAGAGGGAAAGAAAUGGUGGCGGAAGGAGAGGUGGUGGCGGUGGUUGUGGUGCGAGAGUACGACGAGAAGAAGGAUUGCGGAGCGGUGGAGGAAAUGGAGAAUCGGUGCGAGGUGGGGCCCAGCGGCAAGCUCUCUCUCUACACCGACCUCUUGGGCGACCCCAUCUGCCGGGUCCGCAACUCCCCUGCUUAUCUCAUGCUUGUUGCUGAACUGGUAGUGGUCGGCAGUGGGCCAGACAAGGAGCGCCGUGAGAUCAUUGGCGCCAUUAGGGGCUGCAUCAAAACUGUCACUUGCGGCACUAAGCUCUCCCGAAACGCCAACAACAAACCCCUCCUCAUCUUCACUAAACUCGCCUACAUCUCAGGCCUUCGCGUCUCCCCUUCUCACCGGCGAAUGGGGAUUGGAUUGAAACUAGUGCGCCAAAUAGAGGAAUGGUUCGGCGAAAACGGCGCCGAGUAUGCGUACAUGGCGACGGAGAGCGACAACCAUGCAUCCGUCAACCUCUUCACUCAAAAAUGCGGCUACUCCAAAUUCCGCACCCCUUCCAUCCUCGUCCACCCCGUCUUCGCCCACCGCCUCCGCCCCGACCCCCGCCUCACCAUCCUCCGCCUCUCCCCCGCCGACGCCGAAGCCCUCUACCGCCGCCGCUUCUCCUCCACCGAGUUCUUCCCGCGCGACAUCGACGCCGUCCUCCGCAACCGCCUCAGCCUCGGCACCUUCCUCGCCCUCCCCUGCGGCGCCACCUGGCCUGCAGGUGGCGCCGCGGAGUUCCUCGCCAGCCCGCCCGAGUCGUGGGCGGUGCUCAGCGCGUGGAACUGCCAGGACGUCUACAAGCUCGAGGUCCGCGGCGCGUCGCGCGUGAGGCGGGCCUUGGUCAAAGCCACCCGGGCCCUGGACCGGGCCUUUCCGUGGCUGCGCCUCCCGUCCGUGCCGCAGGUGUUCAGGCCCUUUGGGUUUCAUUUUUUGUACGGGCUGGGCGGGGAAGGCCCAAAUGCGGUUAAAAUGAUUCGGGCCUUAUGCGGAUGGGCCCAUAAUUUAGCCAAGGAGGGGGGUUGUGGGGUGGUGGCGACGGAGGUGGCGGAUAGCGAGCCGCUCAGGUUAGGAAUCCCGCAUUGGGAAAGCUUAUCGUGCGCCGAGGAUUUGUGGUGUAUUAAACGGUUAGGGGAAGACUAUAGUGAUGGCUCUGUCGGUGACUGGACAAAGUCGCCACCUGGCAUGUCCAUUUUUGUUGAUCCAAGGGAGUUCUGACUUCUUAAUUAUAAUAAAGUAUUAUUAUGACUAAAUGUUGAUGCAUCUAAUUUUGCAAUUUUUGAUAAGAUUAUGGUGGGAUAGUGGUUAGUGGUGGAGGAGAUGGGAUAGGAGAUAUGGAUGAAGCCUUUUAUUGUCUAGUUGCUGUUGUUGCAAAAGGGAAUAUCCCUAUCUUUUUGUAAAUGAAUGUAGUUUUUGAUUUUUAGUAGUAGUAACUUUUAAAUCUUGAGUA